ACCCACUGGUUUCUGUGGUGACCACAAGAAUGGGGAAAUUUCUUGCAGUAGGUGGCAGAAUGGAGCCAGCAGAUGCCAUGGAUGUUUGUUUACUAUCCUGCUUCAGGGCAGGCGGUCUCUCUUCCUUGUAGCAGGCAGCUAACCUUCGUUCCUGCUGACAGCAGACUUCUUCUGGCCGGAUUUGUGUUCGCCCGUGUCAGCUGACGUUAGCAUGGGAGCUAACACUUAGAUUUCGUGGUGAAUUUGCGUUUGUUAUCGUUGUGUAUGUUGUUGUAGGGUUCGUCCUGUCAAAACGGAUACCCCUUUUUUUUAAGCCGGAACACAAUGAGAUAAAAAUAACAUUGUUGAGGAAAGCAACAUUCUGAGCUGCUGUGUUAGCUAGCGGCUAAAGGAACGGGUCUACAUGCAAAGACUUUUGAAAAACAGUUUGCGGCUGUGCAGAGCGGAAUGUUUUUUAUUCUUUAGGUUGUGAGAACUUUCGGUGGACGGUCUCUCUGUCAGCUACCAUAAAUGCUGAUUCAAUGGCAAAAACCGAGCAGGGCAAUGGACUCGAGAUGCGUGGCGGUCCCCAGAAGUUGACAGAAAACGGGAACGCCGGUUCUUCGGCCCCUGACCCAGAGGUGAACGGAAACGUCACCGAGGACAAGCAGGUGGACAAGUACGGGUUCAUAGGAGGCGCACAGCAGACCUCCGGAGAGCUAACUGAAAAACUUCCCAUUGAGGUUUUGAGGCAGCGAGAAGCAAAAUGGCUGGAGAUGCUCAACAGCUGGGACAAAUGGAUGGCCAAAAAUCACAAGAAGAUAAAGGAGCGUUGUCAGAAAGGGAUCCCCCCAUCUCUCCGGGGUCGGGCCUGGCUCUACCUCACCGGGGGCAAAGUGAAAAGAGAGCAGAACAAGGGAAAGUUUGAGGAGUUAGACAACAAGCCUGGAGAUCCAAACUGGGUUGAUGUCAUUGAGCGAGACCUUCAUCGACAAUUCCCCUUUCACGAAAUGUUUGCAGCAAGAGGCGGUCAUGGGCAGCAGGACCUGUUUCGAGUGCUGAAGGCUUACACCCUGCAUCGGCCAGAAGAGGGUUAUUGUCAGGCUCAGGCUCCCAUUGCUGCCGUGCUGCUGAUGCAUAUGCCAGCUGAGGAUGCAUUUUGGGUUCUUGUUCAAAUCUGCGAGAAAUAUCUUCCUGGAUACUACAGCAAAGAGUUGGAGGCAAUCCAGCUGGAUGGGGAGAUCUUGAAUGCUCUGCUUCGAAAGGUGUCUCCUGUUGCCCAUCGUCAUCUGAAGAAUCAAAAGCUGGAUCCUAUCCUGUAUAUGACUGAGUGGUUCAUGUGUGCCUUUUCUCGGACUCUGCCGUGGGCGGCAGUGCUGCGAGUCUGGGAUAUGUUCCUGUGUGAGGGAGUGAAGAUACUCUUCAGAGUGGGCCUGGUUCUGCUCAAAUGCACGCUAGGAUCCCAAGAAAAACUGAAGGCCUGCCAAGGUUUCUAUGAGACCCUGGAAUUGCUCCGGACAAUAAAGCCCCAGUACAUGAAUGAGGGAUUCUUGGUCCAUGAGAUCAUAGAGCUGUCAGUGUCAGAGAAAGACAUAGAGAAGGAACAUCUCGCUCAACUGCGGCGCUGGAAGGAGAACCACGGAGAGCUGACUUGUAAGUCCCCUCCAAGGAUGCAUGGUGCAAAGGCCAUAAUGGCUGCCGAGCCACCCAGCCGACUGGAUCUGAGACAGAAACCCACCAUCAUCGUGGAGUCCCCCCUAGCGUCCAAAACAGAGGGGUUUCGAGAAGAGGAAACCAGAAAAAUCAGAAAGACUGUACAGGCCAAUGACCCUCCAACAGCUGUGCCACCUAAAGAAUUCGCUGAUACUUACCAAACUCACAGCCAACCCGUGCCAUUACUGAAACCUACCACCUUACAGGUGUCCAAAGAUAGCCUGAGUAGUGAAGAACACGACACGUACCUUUAGGGGGCCAACGUUUGCAUCCGUUUACAAACACAAAUCAUUCCAUGCUGACACAUAUUAGCAGGAAACUUUACAGGUUUUGUGUGUCAGCAUUCACUACGUAGCUGGGAACUUCACAUUUAAUUUAAUAACACUCCACUUCCAUUAUCCAAGCUGCUGCCGAGUAUGAGAGUGAUUUGGACCUUCUGAUGAGAAUGUAGUCAUAAAAAUUGACAAUGAAUUUGUGUGAAGCUUUGAAAAUUUCAUCUCAACACAUCCAUGUAUCCAUCCAAGGUCUUGCGAGGACAUAGGUGAGUUUUCAGUAGAUUGACUGAUGCAUAGAUUUUAGAGCAGCUACCACCUCCUCCUGCAUUUCCCUUUUGCAAAGGAGAGCUAGUUUGGAUUUAGAUUUACUUUGUCACUACAGAUAAGCUUUUUUUCUAGUGCACCUUCAAAUAGCAGUCUUCCGUUUGCCUUUAUUAUCCACUACAUUUGUCUCAAAGGGUUUGUCAUUCUCGCACAUUACGGUUAGUGCUCCACCAGAAGCAUGUCAUUACCAUCUUCGAACACAAGGGGGCGAUCUGACAUUACUAUUAUUAUUAUUAUUCUGCUUGUGCCAUAACCAGGUGGAGAAAAUAAACUGACAUUUAGAGAAUGAAGGAGUAAAUUGUAAGGAUAUUUUUGCCAUUAAGCCAAAGAUUUGUAAUUCAUAUUUUGAGUAAAUGUAUAUGGAAGUAUAAUCGCUUGUUACUGAUUGUUUUCAACUUGAAAAAUGAAAGAGUUUAUAUAUUUUUGUUGAUGGAAAUUUGAAGGAUGAUUAUGCUGCUUUUGUAAAAUCAAAAAUAAAGGUUUUUGGUUACUUUGAGUAGAAAAAAAGAAAAUUAUAUCACAAAACUAAUACAAAAAUCUACAAACCCAACAUGAAGUUAAAGUCUUCUUCAGCUAUGAGCUUAAGCGGUUCUCAGACUGGACAAUACUUAAAGUGUAAAUAAAAGGGAAGUGAACCAUAAACCUUUGAUAUACAUGUAUAUUCUGAAUAUUGGUCUUCAUGAUGCAAAAAAACAAGUUACAAAAGGAAGCUUUACUGUCCAUGAAACUGUCAUAAACAAAUCCUGUUGCAGCUACAAGCUGGAAUCUUUUAAUCUUCUCUUUUUUUAAUCUAAAUGUUGUGGAAACGGUAGAAAUCCACAUUAAAGUGCAUAAGCUAAAUUCUCCAUGUUCUUAUCCAUGCAUAUUGUUAAAUCUGCAGAUUUAUUCAAUUAAAUAAGUUUUUUAUAAUAUUGCAGCGUGAAGAGCAGCAAUUUAGGAAAUUUAGAUAUGAUACUUUUUAUCAGCACUGUUUUAAAUACCUAGAAACCUCAGAUGGUUAAUUAAAUAACACAUGUCAAAAAAGCCAAUAUUCGGCAGUCUUAAAUGCCAGAAAGGGAAUUUACAUAUGGCAUAUAUAGAGAUGUAUUAAAAUAUUUAUAAUGUAUAACAUUCAGUUAAGAUUGGGACAGCUUAUUCUACGGUUGGUUCUCUUGGGUUCCAUGUUUCUACAGUGGCCUCAAAGGACAAACUCCAAAUUUGCUCAAAGAUUUUCUCAUUAAUAAAGUUCCUCCCAUGCA